AUGCCUAGUGCUGACCUCUCUUGUCACAAGAAAACAGAAACUAACCCGGGUGAACUAAACAAAAAGUUCUCCAAGUACAGAAUAACAGGACCCACUACAAAAUCGCGUAAAAGAAAACCAGUUGAAGUCGAAACUUCCUCCACAAACGCAAAACCCCGCAACUUCAAUACAAGAGAAGAUUUAGAGAACAAACAGACUCGCAGAAAAAACUUGAACAAUCGCUCCUCGAACAGGAAAAAAGUAUUAGAGGAAGCGAAUAACUCGAAACUCCGAGAGAUCGAAGUGAGAGUAGAAGAUUGUCUACAGGCAAAUUCGGCACUUUCGAUACUCUGUAGGCAAAAACUAGAAGAACAUUGCACGCAGCCGCUCAGUUCCCCGGAUUUAACCCCUAUCGAGCGACAACCGGAGUCGGCGGAGUUGUGUUCGGUAGACCCACCGCCAGGAUCUCCCAACUUAGAAUCUAUUGAGAGACCUCCAGAGUCUCCCGAUCCGGAUCCAGUCGACGAGGAUAGUAAUGGCAGUAGUGGCAGUAGCGCUAGUGUAGAAAUAGUGAGUGUGGAUGUGAGAAGUGACGAUGUGCAGUGUGAAUCUAUGCCUGCUGCGAAGGAAGUGGUGAACAGUGAGCUAAACGGAAGUGAAGAGGACUGUGUGAUAGUGGCUCAAAUUAGGACAACUACGACGCCAAAUAAGGCAGACGAGCUGAGGGAGUGCUCAAUUAGAGGUGACGAUGACGGACCGCUGGUGUCAUCCUCGCCAUACCACAGCAGGAUGGAUCUCGGUUCGGAAUCAGCGUCCAGCCUCCUGCUCCGUUUCCCAGAUGACCGUUCCGAUUCGGGCGUGAGUUCGCUGAGAUCGGGCAGUGGCGAUGAAAGGUCUGGGUCGCGGUCCAGCGCCCUAAGUUCAUCGGACGAACCGCCAAACAACCUUUCUACGUCAUCAACGUCGUCGUCGAGCAGCUUGUCGCAACAAACUUCGCAAAACAGGUCGCCUCUAUUUAUCCCUGCCUCACUGGCAGCCGUCCAGCAAAGACAUCACGAAGCUGGAAGCGAGCCGGUAAGGGUUUGGAGGGACCCCAACCUGUUGCUGGAAGAGCCGCACGUUCGGCACAUACAUAGCGUUCAGCACCAGACGCUACUAAUGUCACACUCUGGUACACCUGCCGCAUCAGCCGGCCCGCCUCCGCCAUCUUCAGUAGCAUCGACCGGGCCUCAUCCCGCGUCACUAGGCACCUACCCGGUAGUACCACCGCCUCCCAACCUCAUGAGCCCCCACGUCCCCCUCGCGGGUCACCAUCCCCACUUGGCGCCCCACACCCUCUACCAUCCCCAAUUCAGUGACAUGCUCUGGAAGUCUAGUCAGCGGUCUCCUUAUGGGGUUCCCGCCCACAUAUUGGCCGCCCAGCCGAAUGCGGGGCAUUCGGCAGUCGCCCAGGCGGCUGAAGAAAUGAUGGCUGAAAGGAUGGUGUUGCAGGAUAGGGAUAGGCAGGAGAGGAUGUACAGAGAGAGGCAAAAUCAAGAGAUAGCUGAAAAGCAGCAAAAAGAAAGAAUGGAAAGAGAUAAACAGGAACGGGAAAAACUUGAAAAAGAACGACAAGAGAAGGAAAUAGUAUUGGAGAAGGAGAGGCAAGAGCAAGCCUUACACAACCAUUUUGAAAAGUCGUUGAGGGCAGCCCAACAAAAGAGGGAACAAUGGACUUCUAUUACCGGUAGGCCUACGCAGGGUCGGACUGCGGGUAUUUCAGAAGAAGAUAGGAAACGAAUGGAGGAAGUUCAUCACCGAGAACAACAGAGGCACAUGUCUGUCAGAGAUAACAGGGAUCAUAGAUCGUACUAUAACACGGUUCAGAGACCACCAAGUGUUCCUUCCAAAACGGAAUAUCCGCCUCCUCCUGCUCACAGUCGCAGUGUAACUUCUAAAUCGUCUGAAAAAAUAACCACUAUGCCUGUACAGCAGCAGGCUGCUCCUAAAACCGAUAUGAGCAUGUACGGCUAUUCAACUCUUCACGCCUCACAAAACGCAUUUUUCGAACCAAAGAUAAAAACAGAGAUGCAUAAAAACCAGUCCGGGAGCCUGGUAGUCACAAAGACCGGUCCCAUGGAUAGAGACGGGACUGCUAUGGUGAGCGAAAUGAAGAAUUCCGUGAUAGUGAAACACGAGGGCAAAAACCCUCAUCUUCUUGAACAGCGCGUUUCAAUGGCUCAUUCGCCUAGUCCCAAAUUGCGAACCGAGAUGCUGGGACAUUACCAAAGCCAGGCAGGACAAAAUAAAGGCAUGUACGAAUACAGGAGUCCCACACAAUCACCACAUCAUCUUACGCAUGCAGCGAGUCCUCACCAUCACAUGGAACCACAAAACUUGGGAAAAGUGCAGAGCCAUCAUAGGCCAACUGGUCAAAUGUCCAGUCCACACCACCAAAGGCAGAGUCCCCAUCAGCACCCGCACAGUCAACCUCACCCUUCGCCGGAGAUGAGGUACAGAACUGGGGCUGAUGGCCAGACGAUGAUUUAUCAAACAUCAGCAAAAGCAAGUUACCCAUUCACGACGGCUGGCUACACCAUGACGACAUCUCCCAGCGUUGCCAACUCGAAACCAAAAGUCAGUAGUCCGGCUCCACACCAAAUAUUCGGAAAACCUCCCGUUGGGAGCGGCGUUUCGGUUGUGCCGGUAACUCGUUCUCCCCACGAUACUACCACGCCUAUUCCGUUAACAAAACCGCCGCUAUCUUCAUCAAUAUCCCCCUCUCCUUACCAACAAGUUUCUCAGUAUCACCCGCCUCACAACCCUACUCCACCACUGGUCACUCUACUUCCUCCUCCCGCGCACAGCAGCCGAACGACGUCCAGCAUAUUGGAUCGGUACGAUAGAACAGCUGGAUUCGUUCCUUGCAGGGUUUCUUUGAAACCAGUGGGUUCUGGAACUUCACCUCCGGCAGCAACUUCAGCUCCGAUGUCAAUUGCGAGAGCUUAUCAACCUCUCACUCAAAAUUUGACUGGAAACCAACAGGUGCAAACUCAACCGCUGGAUUUAGGUGUAAGCUCAAACAAGUACGAAACCAACCAGGGCAUCUCCCCCAAACGCAAAGCUAGCACGCCAAUCAGCAUUCCCGGUCAUCCCAACAGUCCUCCCGUCUGUCUGGAAAUCAAGAAACCCAGGAUCGACCCUAUUGUGAGCACUUCAGCGCAACCGAGCCUGAGCAUAUUCAGCAGCAUAACGUCGCAGCCCCAACUGGCCAGAGUGAGCGAACCGAGUCCAUUGAUAGCGAGCGCAGCCACUACCAUAACUACAGUUGUGAACACCGCCGCUUACCGGACGCCUCCGACUAGUGUAGCGGCUGCUCUGAUAACGCACAGUCCGACGACUCUGGCCGAGAACUUACCGGACGUCAGCGUAACGGCGGUGACGAUCGAACCGGUGAGGCCCGCUUCUAUAGGGGAGCAGCAGAGUCCUAAGCCACCCACGCCGACGAUACCGUUGAGUACUAGCCCCGCGCCGGUUAGCACCGGUUCCACGCCGACGCCGCCUGCUAGCGUGACCCCGGGUCCGACUGACGAACAGCCCGGUACGCCAGUGAAAGUGAACCCUAGUGUUCUGGACUCGGAGAAGUCCAACAGCCCCGGUCCGCAGAAGACAUCAAAUAGCGGUAGUUAUCCCGUGCGGCAUUUGAAGAAAGCAUGGCUGCAGAGGCAUACGGGCGAGGACUUAGAAGACACUACUGGCAUUGUCGGUUCUGGUACUUGCUUGACGUUACCUUUGAACAUCAAAAGUCCCACAACGACUGUGACAACCCCUGCGGUCAAAGAAAACCCUGUCAAUUCGAUCCACUCGAUCGGUUCAAUGGCGGUGAACAGUAUAAACAAGACGAAACAUUUUUCUAAUAAAGCGGCGAAUCGCAAAGUCGCGAAAGAGAUGACCGUGAACGGCGAUACAAAAAAUGACGAUUCGUCGAGUAGUGAUCAAGAGCGCGGGCGCAAAUCGCCUCCGAAGCGGAAACCGCCGAAAGUGAAGAGAAAAAAGGGCGGGGGUGCGGUGAAGAAACCCGUUGAUGAUAAGAAGCGCAAACCCGGAGCGCAGACGGUCGCGGCGGCUAGCGAGAGCGGCAGUGACAGUGACAAGGAAAGCGGCAGCGAGAAGGAUAGUGAUUCAGGCGCGAGUGCAUCUGCGCCGAGCAAGAAAUCUAGCGGUUCGGGCAAGGAGCAGCGAAAGCGCGGCAGAAAACCGAAGGGUUCAAAAAACGAUAAGAGCGAGGAGCCACGUCCCAAGAAGAGCAAAGAUGACAACCAGCCCCCGCGUGACCCCUUUCGCAAACCCCCAGUGGGGCAAUUGAAGAAGACCGGUGAGAGUUUCCUGCAGGACGGGCCCUGCUUCGAGGUAGCCCCGAAGCUGGCCAAGUGUCGCGAGUGCAGGUGGACUCCGAACCAGAGGUCAAAGAACAUGCCGAACAUCUUCUGCAGGUUUUAUGCCUUUAGGAGAUUGAGGUACACCAAGAAUGGGCAGCUUGCCAUCGCAGGCUUCUCCGAUCCUCAUAAGGAUGCUUUGGAGGAUGACCUCAGGCUGUGGCUUCCCAAUGCAGAUACUCCGCCACCGGACUUAGAUCUGGAAACGUCAAGGUUUCUUCUGAAACAAGUCGGUGAUCAUUUUUGUGAUUUAUUAGUACAAGAAAAGGAUGCGAACUCAGAACAUAUGUCUGAUGAUAAGGUCGUAGCAUGGAAGAGAGUUGUGCAAGGUGUGAGAGAAAUGUGUGACGUCUGUGAAACGACACUUUUCAAUUUCCAUUGGGCCUGUGGAAAAUGCGGAUUCGUCGUUUGUAUAGAUUGUUAUAAGAGUCGAAAGAAGGGCACCAUAAAAGUCUGGGGCGAGCCUGGGAAAGAUCGCGACGAAUUUUCCUGGCUACUGUGUACUAAUCGACAGGUACACGAGCAGGAAAAACUCAUGCUCACCCAAAUAAUAGCAGGAGAUUCGUUAGUGAAACUGGGAAAGAUGGUGCACGAAAUGCGCGAGUUGUGGAACAUCGAUCAGCUGUGCAGUUGUCCAAUGAGUAAGGAGGCGGCACUGAAGAACAACAAUCUUCAAGCCAAAGAAGUGAUCAGAUCUAUACUGGGCGAUAAGGUGAACGGGAUUAAAGAUAUCAAAGAUGAAGAUGGUGAGUGUAUAAAAGAAAAUAAAAAUGUAUCGUUAAAACUCGUAUCCAUGAAUUGCCGGCUCUAUAAUCUCGAUAUCCUACUUUCAGAUGUUGGCUUAGACCGAGAGGAAAAGAAAGAGGGCAGCAGCAGCGAGGAGGAGGGCAACUUCUCCACCUUGCGCGAGCUACUCAUCCGCCCCUCCCACAAGCCGAACGGUUCUCGAGCAGCCUCGCCCGUCUCUAAGAACGAGCCCAAAAAGAAACUGGCGGCUCCCACGAAACCUGCUGAUUUGGAUGACGUCAUCUCGAGCGUAAUAGAAGAUAGCGUCCCACAGAAGGCCGUGGAAACUCCAACAGAACCGAAAUUCGAGCUCAAACAUUUUAUCAGGAGGUACAAUUGGGCUGGCAAAGGGAGAGUGCAAUUGCCGAUACGGAUAAUGACACUGACUGAGAGCAAGACUUUGUAUCCUGAGACUCCGCAUAGUUGGCUGUGCGACGGGAAGCUGUUGAGGUUGAGUGACCCACAGUGCAAGAAUAACUAUAAGAUUUUCCAAGAUCAGUGGAAGCGGGGUCAGCCGGUCAUAGUUUCGGACGUCACACGACACGUAGAUCAGGACCUCUGGAAUCCAGAUGCUUUUGCUCGUGAUUUCGGCGACGAGAAAAACGAUCUAGUCAAUUGCAUGACGGGCAAUCUAGUUCCCAACCAGCCGAUGCGAAAGUUUUGGGAGGGUUUCGACCAUUUCAGUAAGCGACUUAAAGACGACCGGGGCCAACCAAUGUUGCUGAAACUGAAAGACUGGCCUCCGGGUGAAGAUUUCGCGGAGUUGUUACCGUCCCGCUACACCGACCUGAUGAAAGUUCUGCCCUUGUCGGAGUACACCCACAGGACGGGCAGACUGAACUUGGCCAGCCGUUUGCCGGAAUGUUUCGUUCGGCCCGAUUUGGGACCCAAGAUGUACAACGCUUACGGAUCGGCGCUUCACCCUAGCAAAGGCACGACGAACUUGCAUUUGGAUAUAUCCGAUGCCGUCAAUGUCAUGGUGUAUGUUGGCAUACCGAAAGAUGGCGACACCGACGAGCACAUCAAGGAAGCUUUCCGCGCCAUUGACGAAGCCGGUUGUGAUAUCCUGACCCGCCGAAGGGUUAGAGACAAGGGCGAGCUACCCGGCGCCCUCUGGCACAUCUACAAUGCGCGCGACGCUGACAAAAUCAGAGAUCUGCUCAACAAAGUGGUAGUGGAAAAAGGCGGCAGGUUGGAGCCCCAUCAUGAUCCCAUCCACGACCAGAGCUGCUAUCUAGACGGACCUUUGCGAGAGAGAUUGUACAAGGAGUACGGUGUCGAAGGGUACGCAAUAGUGCAGUGCAAGGGAGAUGCCGUGUUCAUUCCGGCCGGUGCGCCUCAUCAAGUUCGGAACUUGCACAAUUGCAUUAAGGUGGCUGAGGAUUUCGUGUCGCCCGAGAACGUGUCACACUGUUUCCACUUGACUCAGGAGUUCAGAGACCUCACCGAUACACACUCUAACCAUGAGGACAAGCUUCAAAUAAAGAACAUUAUAUACCACGCCGUGAAAGACUCUCUGUCGACAUUAAGUGCAAUAAUGAACGAACAUUUGAAUGUGAAGAGUGAGAAGGAAUCGUCGGGUAGUGAGAGGAGUAACGGCAGCACCUCUAACGACGCCGACAACUCUGCCAAAUCAGACUCUAAUGAGGCGACUUGAGAAUUGAAUUCAUUGUGAUAGUAGACGCAACUUUUUCAAAUUUACUACUUCAUGUGUGAUAUAUUAAAGUUAGACUUUGGGGUGCGAAACGAGGUCAGAGGUCGAUCGCAAAUUGUCUGUGAUCCAUUCUCGGGUUCCUCAUUUUCUACAUUCCCGAAGACUUGACUCUUGGUGGAGUACUUUUCUUUUUCUGUGUACAUAGGUGUACAAAAGUGACUUGUAUUUCGUUUUUCGAAUGAAUUUCAAUGCUGAAUAUGCACGGUUUACCUUCCUGUAUGUAGAGAAUAGUGGCCAAUAGGCGAGUCACGACUUGUACUUUAUCCUAUUACACUCUCUCAUUUGGUUAUUUGGUGUCUGUCCAUUUGACCUCGAGUGGAACUUGUCGAAGGACUGUCGGAACUUUUUUUUUUCAAUUGCAUUAUUACUUCCAUUGCUUUUCAAACUUGGAUGAUUUUAAUCGAUAUCAAUAUUUCUAUUUUUGCUCAUUUCUAGAAUACAGAUCGUUAUUUUAGUACCUGAAUUUCUUUUCCUCAAAAUAGAUGGGAAAGAUGAGUAGUUAUUAUUAAAAAGCAAAAGUUGUUAAUCAUUUGGUAUAUAUCGCCUGUGUUUGAAUAAUAAUGUAUACAAAAUUAUUAUUUUGGACCAUAGAAUUGAACGCUCAGAUCCUUAGUUCAGUUUCCGAUAUCAUUCGACAAUCCAACUUUAUAUAUCAGUGUUGUUUAAAAGUACCAAUUGUUAUUUUUAAUUAUAACUGUAUACUGUGCCUGUCAAAAGAAAAUAUGGUAUUUUUAGCAAAAUCCGCUAUUCAGUAUUCUGUGUGGGUUAGCAACAUGUUCUAACUAGAUUAAACACUGUGUUAGACUUAUGCUUCUUCAAAAGAUGUGUAUGCAGCAUGAUACAAAAUUGAGGCUGCUGCUUUUGAUUUUGUAUCACCUAGCUAAUGAAUCGAAGAAUAACUUUAAAGUGCUAUUUCAAAGUGCCAAUUCGUUACUUCAGGCGAACAAUCGCUGUUACGUGGAGCCAACGGAUGCUUACUAGUGGGGGAUAGUUUUUCCGUUGGUCCCGUUAUUGAAAAAAAAGUCGUUAAGUUAUAAAUGAUCUCGAUUGUGUUUUUCUCCUUACAACGAUGAACGAAAGAUAAUCUUCAAACAGGAAAAUUUCAAAGAAUGAAAGUCAACAACUUUGAUCCCAUUAAUUUAAUGGUUUACGUUUGUUUUUAUAAAUUGCUUUAAUAAUUUCAGUUCGGACGUUUCGGCGAAUGGAUUUGAUUUCUCGAUUUUUUUGUAUAUAUGAAAUGUUCAUUUAUAUGUAUAUUGUUUCAAGGACACAUUAUUUAUUUGCUUUCACAGUAAUGUACAGUAGUAUAGAUUUUUGUACAGUAACGAAUAUAUGUUUCCUUUGAUUGCCUCUAUUCGGAGGCUCAAUAUAGUUUUUUUGUACUAUGUAUAUUAUGUAAGAUUAUAGGUUUGAAUAAGAAAAUGUUUAUUACAA